CAUGGCGAGCGACAUGGCUUCGCGUUUGUUUGCCGUGUUUUUCAGUUUAUCGCAGGUGUUAUCUGGAAUAUCUGCACAAAUAGACAGAAACGGAAUCGCAGUACAACAAAUCGACCAUUUCCUUAUCGCAGUUAAUAACCUGACUGCGACAACAGCAUUUUAUUCAAAAGUUUUUAAUAGUCGCAUUAAGGAGGGUAAUCCCGUGGAAAUCUAUCUGGGACAGGCACUGGUCAAGGUGUUCCAGACAAACAGCGACUUCACCCCUCGAGCGAACUCCCCGACCCCUGGCUCCGCCGAUGUGUGCCUCGUCAUCCGAACCGAUUUGACGUCGGCCGCGCAGUACCUGCAGGCCAUUAACGUGACAGUCAUACAGGGUCGUGGUGGUCGACCCGGCGCCCUGGGUACACUGCAGUCCAUCUACUUUAGAGACCCGGAUGGAAAUCUUUUGGAAGUUGCCAAUUAUGAAAAUGAACAACAAAAUGCUGAUGUUAGUCGUGGAAUCCAAGUAGAUCGCCUGGAUCAUUUUGUAAUCACGGCAACAGACCAAACAUCAACCAUCAACUUUUAUGACCAAAUCUUUAACGUUCGUCGGACCAACUGGGAGAUCUUCCUUGGUCCACAGAAAAUCAACGUGCACCAGCUGGGCCGGGAGUUCUCGCCUCACGCAGAACCCGUCACAGUCGGAGCAGCCGACAUUUGUCUCCUCACGACAACCAACCUCGCGGACUGUAUCAACUUUCUUCGGAACUUGAACAUAUCCAUUGAGCAAGGCCCUGUGUAUAAUUCUGGGGCAACAGGAACCAUCAGAUCCAUCUACUUCAGAGAUCCCAAUCAAAACCUCAUCCAGCUGGCCAACACGGUGGGCAACAGACCAACAACAAAUGACCCGCAAUAUCAGGGGAACACUCCGUCCACAAGAAGUCCUGCAGCCAAAGUGUGUAUAUCUGGACAUACUAUUGCUCGAUUCAUAUUUCUCAUCAUAGUUUUAUCCAUAUUUUAGUAAAUUUGCAAAAAAUUUGCAAAAAAUAAAACUAAUUAUUAUUAAAAAAAUUUAUGCUAGCAGUAUUGUAAUACAGAAGGCUAAGGAAGGAAUUUCAAAAUACUAUUAGAUAUGUACCUGGAACUGUGAGCUAAAAUAACAGUUACUCUGCACUGUACUUGUUUAAUUGGUCAAUGCUCAUCACUAUCGAUGUUUCUCCAUUAUAAAAACAGUAGAUUACAUAUGCAUUAUCAGGAAUCAAAACAGGUAUAAUGACUGGUAACUCAUUUACAGGUUACCACAAAAAACAGACCUGGUAUACAACAAUUUUAUCAAGUUUACGAUUCCCAUAAUUUUAACUAUUAAAAUCCUUUAAAACAGAUUAUAGUUCAGGACAAAAUAUUCCACCUGACAUGUCAUUCUGUUCAAAUGUCGGUACUGUAAACAAAUAAGCAAUUUCUAUACACCAGUUUCAGUUAAUUGAAUAGAUUAUGCAAAUAUACUUCAUGUUGGUUACCUAGCUAAAAAUCAUGAGAAUUGAGUUCCUUUUACAUAAGGUUUUGAAAUAUUGUCCCAUAGUACUAUAUUAAUCAUUCAUAUCACAAUUCAUGUUGUAUUGCUACUUGUAUUGAAUUCUUAUAUGUGAAUAAAACACAACUGGUCAAUGGUA